CAGAAAGAGUCUAGAUAGCGGAAAGAUUGGUGGUUAACGUGCGUGAAAGACUGUGAAAUUUAUUUCAUAUAUUAAUUUUAUUCAGUAACUACAUGUAAUUGUUCAACGGGACAUUUCAAAUAAAGGUACCAUGCCCGUGUUAGAAAUGGUAUCAUCCCCAAUGGGGGCAAAUGGUUCACGUCAGAUGUUGGCCAGUGACAUCCUCCAAAGGCACUCGAUUAACUCAUUGCUCGAUAACCACGACAUAUUAUCACAAGAAACCGAUGAGACGAUGUCGAUAUCAGAUUUGUUUGGGCUUAACUCGCCGCGCGGCCUCCUAAACUUCGGCAACUCCGGCGGACUGUGCACACCACCGACAACGCCAAACUUUCAGAUGAAUUUCGACGAUCCGAAAUUCCAACCGGGUCCGCUCAGCUACACCCCGCCUACGCCACGUUCCAAGCCCUUGCAGAAAAACAUAUCGUUGGUGAACCAGACUCCGCCGACCACCCCCAAUUAUUAUAGGGCGCUGAGGAGCACUUCGUUGAGUGAUUCGUGUGGAAGCAACAAUUCGGCCGUUCUUGAACAAACCUUGCUGAACUCGCGAUCAAACUCGCCCGAAUCGGACUUGAGCGGCCUGUCCACUCCGGACGGGAGCCUCUCGGAAUUAUUGAACAAUUUAAGCGUGACCGAGACGCUGGCACGCAACGCAAACGAUUUGGAUCUGUCCAACUUGCAGAAUCUGCAGGCUAUCCAUGCAUUGAAAUUCCUGCAACAACCGCCGGCCGUGCUGAGCUCCCUAUUGCCUGGCGCCUGUUCGCACAACACACCGUCACAGGUACCGCCACAUUCUCGGGUUGCAAGCGCACAAGAUUGUCAUGAAAUUGGAUUGUUGCAGCUAUUGGACAAGUGGAAUGGGGGUGGACCGUCGUCCCUUUCGAAUUUCAUGCCGGAGAACUUGCAGUUGGACAGAGCGGCUCGUUUUCAUCUGUCCGCAGCUUCUGUUUACGAUGCGACUUGCACGUGGAGCGGCGUGUUGCCGCCGAGGUCUAACACCAAGCCGACCGGCUAUUCUAGCAAAGUUUUUUUGGGUGGUGUCCCUUGGGACAUUUCUGAACAACUGCUGAUGCAAACAUUUAAACAGUUUGGACAGAUUCGUGUAGAAUGGCCAGGCAAGGACAAGCAGGCUUCACAACCAAAAGGAUAUGUCUAUAUAAUUUUUGAGUCUGAAAAGAAUGUCAAGGCUUUGCUGCAAGCCUGCACAAACGAUUAUGCCAACAGUGACAAUUGGUAUUACAAGAUUAGCUCUAAAAGAAUGAAAGCAAAGGAAGUGCAAGUCAUUCCCUGGAUAAUAAACGAUUCAAAUUACACUAAAUCUACAUCACAAAAGUUGGAUCCCAGCAAAACUGUAUUUGUUGGAGCCCUACAUGGUAUGCUUAAUGCUGAGGGAUUGGCCAAGAUAAUGAACGACCUGUUUGAUGGUGUCGUUUACGCUGGAAUUGAUACAGACAAAUAUAAGUAUCCUAUUGGAUCCGGUAGGGUCACGUUCAAUAAUCCACGGUCUUAUAUGAAAGCUGUUGCGGCUUCCUUCAUCGAAAUAAAAACUGCGAAAUUCACCAAAAAAGUGCAGGUAGAUCCGUACUUGGAAGACUCGUUGUGCUCGAUCUGCCGCGUGCAGCAGGGACCAUACUUCUGCCGCGACAUGAUGUGCUUCAGAUACUUUUGCAGGACAUGCUGGCCAUGGCAGCAUAGCAACGAGCUGCGCCAUCAUAAACCAUUGAUGAGGAACUCCAAGAAUAGCCAAGUCUUGGGUCUGGGCAAUGCAAUGGCUGUAACCCUCAACUAAGCAAGUACCAUACGUUAUUACAAAUCGUAUUCUUGAUAUUUUUACCUCAUACACUCGCCUUGUAGUGUAGAGUUGUUCUCUGUCGCGUUUUAUUAGCCAGUUUUUUCUUCUUAGGUAAUUUACGUACUUAGUUUAAGCAAAUUUAUUGCCCCUUUAUUAUUAAAUCUUGUAAUACGGGGAGUUUGUUUAUUGUUGUUUUUGUAUUUGCCGUAAAAUUUUCAAGUUAUUUAUGACUUUACGGCAUGUAUUCAUUUUUUCCAAAAGAUUAAAUUAAAUAUAUUCAUUAGAUAAUAUAAUAUAGAUGUUUAUCGGGAAAUUGUUAAUUUGGAAAAGGUUUUGACAUGCCUUCAAUUAAUUCACAUUUUAUAUAUGCACUGAGUUUCUUAUACUUUUGCUUUCGAUAAGACUUCCAACUUAAUUUUAUUAAUUCAAUAUGAAAUAGUAGUAUUUUAGAUGUAACAGAUUUUUAUAAUACUUUUGGAUAUAUUGUUAGUGUUUAACAUAACUGUAGUUUUAAGUGUUGAUAUUUAAAGUUUUUUAAACCCUAAUUGUUAAUUUAACUUUAAAUUUAUAUGGGCAGUUGGGUAGUGUUAAUAUUUUUAUAAAUUUUAGGAUGUUUGUAUUACAGUUUCAACUGUAUAUUAGGACCGUUUGUUUAAUAUAUUGGCUAUGUCCAGGUUAAUGAUUUGGCAAUUGUUAAAGUUAUGAAAUAUUUAUGAUAUAUAAAAAUCAUUAAUAUUCUUAUUUUCAAAGUUCAUUAAUUAAAUAUUUCUCUGAAUAAUCAAA